GUCGACCCCGCCCAGCAGGUUCCCAUUGGAUUCGUUCGGCGCAGGCCUAUCCCGAUUCAUUUACUCUAGAGAAGCCGAAAUGGAGAAAGCCUCUCUACCGCAAGCCGAAGAUGAAGUUCAGCCGAUGAGCGACGAACCAGGUCAAGCUGCCUCGCCAGCCAUACCAGACGACGACCACGAGGCCUUGAUGGUGGCACGCUUUGCGGCGGAGAACGACUCCUCCUCGGAGUCCGAUCAGCCCAAGGAGGCGAAGCCUUCAGAGCCUAUAGCCUUCAGCCUUUUCAGGAACGGACCGUGGGGGUGCAUACAUGCUUGCCUGGAAGCCUCGGACAAAGCGGCAUGUGGAGCAGCUCGUUCGGCGGCAGCCUUCAGCCCCACGGAUCCGGAUCCCACUUUCUUCUGCCGCAGAAAGGCCUGCGCGAAGCUACUGGACUCGUGGGAAUGA